AUGGCGUCGACACCCUCCCAUGCAGGCACGGCCUACGAGCCGCUCGUGCCGUCGCCGCUAAACCCAAGGAGCUGUGAGGGAGAGGGACUGGCGCUGCGGCGGAGGCGAAACAGCGGCGGAGGCGGCGGCGGCGGCGGCGGCGGCGGCGGCGGCGGCAGUAGCAGCAAGAUGGCGCGCAGGAGCACCACGACGGCGAGCAUGAGUCCCGCGCAGAGACUGCUGAGGCACAAGGCAGCGCAGGCUUGGCGGCUGCAGGUCCUGAGGCGGGAGGCCCCGAGGGCGAGACAGAUCAAGGCGGCUCCCCCGAGGCAGGAACGGUAUCCCCAAGAGGUCGACGACGGCGAUGGCGACAUGUCGGCCGUCUCUCCCCUCGACAACUCGCGCGAUGAGCGAGAGCCGCCCGAGGAAAAGCGGCGCGGCGCGCAAGACGAGGGGGUGCCCCGGCCUCCGCACUACGACUACCUGUUUCGCAUGCCAGAGGUUGGCUUCUUCACGCCGCAGCGGGUGGUGCUCGCCAUGGGCGUGAAGCAGAUGCUGCCCUUUGUCAGCCCGCACGAGGUGCUGCGCAGUGCAAAGGCGCGUCGCGAGAGGGAAGAGGGGAGACGCCGCGCAGAGUUGCGCAUGGCUUGA